GGGGAUCAUUGUUCCGGGAAAAGGAUGUCCUGUUUUUUGUUGAUAUAAUGUUGAGGAUUUACAAGAGUUACAUUCUCUACUAUAGUUUGUAAAGGCCAUCUUACAUUCUCUACUCUAGUUUGUUUAAUGUCAUCCGGUCAUCUGCUGUUACAGACAGUGUGGCAUGUGCAUGGUGUUUGGUCGCAGUUCAGGUAGCACAGUGCAGUAAUGACCAGAACAGAUCAUACUUGAGGUUCAGAAGUUCUUAUUUCACGUUGAAGUGAUGAAAAACAUGAUCAGAGACAUCGUCAUUGUGCAGCAUCCUGUUUCUGUGUAUGUACCACUGAACUAUAAGGUGACUCUGAGUGUGAGAGCAGAGGGAACCGGUAUCCUGAACUACCAGUGGUUCAAGUCUAGUAAAGAGGAGGUAUUUGGUGGGACCAGAGCAGAUCUGAUUGUCACAGCCCAGAGGUCUCAGUCCUACAUUUGUCGCGUGAAUGACCAGUUCUGCAACUGUGUGUUCAGUGAAUGGGUCACAGUAAAGGUCCUGGACAUUGCUAAACCAGGUCUCCCAGUAGCAUGGCGAGGGGAGCCCCAUAUCACUGUACAACCUGCACCCCAGACUGUCAGACAAGGGGAGAGACUCACCCUCAGCUGCACCGCCUUUGGCAUUCCCACCCCUCACUACCAGUGGUACAGAAAUGGACAUCCUCUGUUGGGCAAGACCACGGACACACUGCAGAUAGAGAAUGCAGGGACAGACCAUAGAGGAACAUAUCUCUGCUAUGUAUCCAAUGUUCAAGAGGAGAGAUGGACAGAGGCAGCUGAUGUUGAAAUAGUGCCAUCUAAUCAACUCACAGCGACUGACAAAGUGGCCCUGCUUAUUGGUAACCUCAACUACUCCCACCAUCCGGACCUGAUGGCCCCCACUAUGGAUGUCCAAGAGCUGGCCAACCUGCUGCAGCAGCUGGGCUUCAGAGUGGUGUCUUUACUGGAUCUCACCAGGGAGGAGAUGCUGGCGGCUAUUGACAAGUUCCUUCUCCUGCUUGACAGGGGCGUGUAUGCCCUGUUCUACUAUGCUGGUCAUGGGUACGAACGUUUAGGAAGAAACUAUCUGGUGGCAAUAGAUGCUCCACAACCAUACCGUUCAGAGAACUGUGUCUGUGUACAGAGGGUCAUGCGCAAGAUGCAGGAGAGACGGACUGCAUUGAAUGUGGUCUUACUAGACACCUGCAGAACAUGGUACAACGUAGAUUGCAUAGCUUCUGAAAUCAGGCCCUUGGUACCAAUGGGAAACACUGUGUAUGGAUAUGCCACAUGUGAAAAUGCAGAGGCUUAUGAGGUACAGGACGGAGGGAAGAGCACCGGAAUCUUCACUAAAUAUCUGAACAAGCACAUCCUACAGCCAGAGAAAGUCACCCACAUCCUGGAGCUGGUGUCUGAGAAUCUGGGCAGAGACCCUUUCGUCACAGGCAAGCAGGCGGUGGAAAUCAGACACACGCUAAAGGAGCCCCGCUCCCUCACAGAUCCGAUCAGGACCACCAGCCACACUGGAGAACUACAUCUGAGAGACGCCUGCUGGAGACAGGCCAACGAGCUACCACAUCAGAAGUUGCUUAUUUUCCCCUGUGGAGUUGAGGUGGAGGUCAGCUUCUCAGCCUUGUUCUCCAACGUCAUGGUUGCUUUUGGCAGAGUGAUAACCACUGGACCCAGAGCCCAGGACUGCACUAUCACUCUGAGGAGCACACCUGCAAUGGAGGAUGUAUUCUCUAGUCCUGGGAGGUCAGGUGAAAUGGACUCUCUGUUGCUAAAUAACUUGGUUGCUGAAAACCCUGACUGUAGCCUCAGACUUUGUGGCCUUCAAAAGCUUCAGGGAUCCUUAGUGAUAAAGGUGGACCUACACUAUACCCACAUGGACAGGAAGCUGUGGCUGCAAGAGAGCAAACAGCUGGACAUAGGGAAGCCUCUUGUGGCAUCCUGUGAUCUGCACAGGGGACAGCAAGCAAUGGUUGCCCAGAGAUGAGAUGGUGCCCCUGCCCAGAGUAUGGGACACAGCUGCAUCUCACACAGCAAGCAGCGCCCACGUCAGACAUUAGGCCAGCCAGGCCGCCCCUUCACUAAGAGUGCAGAGUGUGCUGCCAAAGUUCCCACUGCAAGGAGCAAUGAACCAGGGGAGAAUGAUGAGACUGAGCCUCAAGACUUUACCCAUUGAUUUCCCCUCUCCACGUCUAUGGAAAAAGGAUAUUCUAGUAGUAGUGACUAGUGUAGUCCAUCGGAUAUUUGCUGUUUAGGCUUUAAUCAAUGCACAUAAUAAAAUCAGCAUGAUACAUUCCCUUUCGCUGGUUAAAUUCUAUCAGUCUAAUUGUGGUUAUAAAGGUGUGUAUGUACUGUAUACAUGGGUGCAUGUGAGUUUGAGGAGAUGACAUUCUGGAUUAUGUUCCUCCCAAUAAGCACUAUUGUUCUGUUCUCAGCAUGACACUCAAACAAAUGAAAUAUGUAUUAUUUAAAAUGAUCACAGAAUUAAAUAAAUUACACAAUAUAAAUGGGACAAUAUUUUCAUGUUGCAUAUCUUUUAACCAUCUCAUCUUUUAACCAUCCCAUCUCAUUAAAUGGUUUCAAUAUCUGUUUUUACAAUUUAUAGUUGGUUAGAAGUUUAAGUCAUUGAAAUUUGGAGCUAUUGAAAUUGAAAAUAUUGUCCCAUGUACAGUGCCUGUACAAGUAUUCAUACCCCUUUACUUAUUCCAUAUUUUGUUGUGUUACAGCCUGAAUUCAAAAUGGAUUAAAUUGUUUUUCCACUUACCCAUCUA